GUGCACUCUGUGGGACAGAUAUAGCAGCAGUUGGAGUUAUAGUGUCCCUAAGGGCACCGCAACACGCUGCAUGUUCCGCUCCUCAAACACCUCCUGGAUUAAGGGCACCGAUCUGUGAAGUCUUUCAAGACCCACCAAAAUGGAGAUUUCAGUGGCAGAUGUGAGCAGCUCCUCACCCAGCUUUAAGUUCAAGGAGGUUCACCAGGCAUUCAAGGACCGCUGGAAAGGCACAGACGACACCAUGUGUCGUCACAGCAUGUCCUUCCAUCUGCACCACAUACUGAGGAACGAAUUCUUUGCCAGCUACCUGUACCUGCUGGAGAAGAUCCCUCUGGUGAAGUUGUAUCCGCUCACUUGUGAGUUCAUCAAAGGAGAGAAGCAGUUCUACUACCGCGCGCAGCAGUUCUACGAGGACGUCCCGGCCUCAGAGGAGGGCAUGAUGGGGGAUUUUGUGUCCAUCUCAAAUGUUGACCUGGAAGGUUCCAGACAGUUUCUCAAGAGGUUUGUGGGUCCUGGAAAGGCUGGUACUCGAUAUGCUCUGGAUUGUGGAUCUGGAAUCGGCCGGGUGACCAAAGAUGUCCUCCUUCCUGUGUUUGAGAAAGUAGAAAUGGCGGACAUGAUGGAGCACUUCCUGCUUCACGCACACGAGGAGUAUUUGGGUGACGAUGCCGACCGCAUUGAGACGUACUACUGUUACAACCUGCAAGAAUUCACACCUCCACCCAGCAAGUAUGAUGUGAUCUGGAUACAGUGGGUCGCAUGUCAUCUGACAGACAAAGAUCUGACAAACUUCCUCUUUCGCUGUAAGAAGAGCCUGUGUCCAAAUGGUGUUAUCAUCAUUAAAGACAAUAUGGCUCGGCAGGGCUGCAAGCUGGAUCCCAUCGACAGCAGCAUCAGCCGCCACCUGGACAUCAUGAAGAGCAUCAUUGCCAAGGCAGGCCUGGAGGUCAUGGCUGUGCAGAUGCAGGAAGGUUUCCCUGAAAUCAUCAUGCCUGUCUGGAUGAUUGCUAUGAAAUGAAACAUAUGGACUUUUUUAAAGAAGGAGACCUCUGUCGCCAUCCUGUGGUACUCAAAGGAAAAUUCACCUUAAACAGUAACUUUAUUUCU